AUGAACGCUCUGAAAUCUAUGUACCGCAAAUGCAUGGACAAGAAAGAGCUGAAUAGGAUUGGCUCUACACACCUACUGCGGACCAUAAGGAGUUACGGCGUGUGGCCAAUGGUGGAUGGUGACGACAAAUGGUGUGCCAAAGACUUCGAUCUGACGUCGUUGAUGGUUCACGUCAGCGAAGUGAGAGGGCUCGAUGUUUUUAUCAGCAACUAUGUCCGGCUCGACGAUAAAAACGUUUCAAGAAGGCUUGUCAAGUUUGAUCAAGCAGAUCUUGGUCUAGGGAGAAACACACGUGAUUACUAUUUGGAUCGAGCGAAGCACGCCAAGAAAAUUGAAGCUUAUAAACAGCUCCUAGUAAAGCUGAUCUACGAGUACGCCAAUAUUCCGAACAACGAUGAAAAAAUCACAAAGGAUGUAGAUGAGAUCAUCGAAUUUGAAACGAAGGUCGCUGAAAUCAUGGUGGCCGAAGAGGAUCGAAGAGACUUCUUCAAGCGAUACAAUCUUCGACGUCUCAGCGAUAUGCAGAAGUUGACGCCAAUUAUUGACUGGUCCAGAUACUUCCUCUCCAUAGCACCUUUUUCUGUUCACAAAUAUUUUGUGGCUGAUCCAGAUGUUUUGAUUUUGGAACCAAAUUAUAUGAAAAGGCAAGUGGCUUUCACCUAUCGAAUUACUGAACUACUGCGGUUGACUGACCCUCGCGUUAUUACCAAUUAUAUUUUUAUUCGAUUUGUCGGCACUUGGCGUGGUGAAUUAGGAGAGCGAUUUGAAGAUGUCUACCAG